CUGCUCUGGUAGUCUGGUCCUCUGGUUCACUGUUCUCGCACACGUAGCACACAACACACACUCACACACGUCUUGUUUCUCACUCUUUUCAAGGGGGCCUCUCUCUCUCUUGCUCUCUUUUCUUUUGUGUUUCGAACUUCGAAGCUGAGGGGAAAAGGCCAAAGUAAACGGGACGGGAAGAGAGCAUCGCUGGAGGCUUUCAGCGUUUCAGCGUGCAUUCAUUUUUUUUAUUUCAUCGUCGUCGUCGUCGUCGUCAUUCCCGUACGUGUGUUAAUACAUCUUCCUUGAUACUUUUCUUCUUGGUCAUCUUCUUCUUACUCGUUGUCAUGUUUUUCAAUCACAGUGGACUGACAUAAUUAUUACAAGCAAUAUCAGUCUCGGCAUCGGCCCGUCCCUAUCAAGUGUUUUACGCUCGUUGUACUUAUUAGCUUUUUCGUUGUCACCUUUAAAUUAUUCUUUUUCUCCUUAGUGACAAAGGCGAUAAAAAAAAAAAAAAAGUAUAACAAGUACAAAAUACAACACAACCGACAGUAUUCAUUGCAAUCUUGUAAAAAAUGGAAGCGGGGGGUGUUUUGACAGCAGAGCGCAGUCCAGCUCGAGCAAAUUUGCAUGUGGCAUUUACGGAGAAAGGUGAAGUCAAGGAAAGAAGAGAAAAGUUUCUCACAGCAAAGUACGGAUCACAUCAGAUGUCUCUGAUACGCAAAAGACUUGCAGUCGAGAUGUGGCUUUUCGAGGAACUUCAAAAAUUAUACGAAUCCGUGAACGAAAAUAGUAACGGUAGAGAAGUCGAAGUCGAUAUCGAUGAACUUCUUGAUAUGGACAGUGACGAUCACAGAAGGAGUUAUUUACAAACUUUACUAAUGGAUGCUAAAAAAUCUCCAAAUGAUGUCAAGAAAUUUAUCAAUGAACUUUUGGAGAAAGCCAAAACUCUGUGAAUAAUCUAGUUCACUACUAGAAACAUCGCAUAUUCGGCUUUUUAAAAAGUUGCAACGUCAAGACUCAUAAAAUAGAUACGAGUGAAAGAUAUUUUAAUAAGAAAACAUUUUGUCUUUAAAGUGUACGGAAAAAAAACAAAAACAAAAAACAAAUGUGUACUGUCAAUCGUAAGCAAACCACGAUAUUAUUGAACAGGGCAAUGGAUAAAAAUAAGCUGCUAGUGUGAAAAAACUGCCCAACAAAGCAUUUACGUUAAAACUUUAUAAUGAAGUGAGUCGAGUUGUUUGAAACAUUUUGUGUUAGUUUGACUGUACAUCGUUUGAAAUAGAAUUGGUAACGAGUACGGAAUGUUUGAUUGUUUAAUGAUGAUUUUUAUUCCGAUAUUUUUUAUCGUACUCGAGAAUAUUAAUCGUGUCAUGUAAUUUCUCUCUUGCAACUAUUAUUUUUGUAUUUCAAGAACAUUUGCCCAGCAGCUUCCACUUACACGAUCUCAAAAAUACUAUUAUCAAUAUGUCGAAAUCUUACAUUAAAUGUAUCUGCGCUUGAGAUGUAUUUCACGGUCCCUACUUUUUUUUAUUUAUAAAUUAUUUACUUUAACGCUGGACCACAUUCGUGUAACGUGAAAUACAGAAAAAUAAUAACCUUUUAUCCGUCCAAGGAUAUUUCUAAUCAUUAUACCAAAUUAAUACUAUACUCGUAAAUAUAAUCAAUUAUCUCGUAGUACUUUUGAAUUAAUUAGACUGUUGAUGCAUAAUCAUUUCAUAAAACACGAGUAAUUUGUGGAUUUUAAAUGUUUAUAACUCAUGGUUAAUAUAAUUUCAGCCCAAAAAGUUGGCUCGUACAUCGAGCAAGACUCUGACAAAACGUUCAGAAGUGAACCACAAAAGACUUAGCAAUCAAACGCUUAACAAACACUGUAACGAGAUCUGACUUAUUUUUACAAUCGUAAUGUUUUUUCUGGCGGUUGUACUCAUAUCCAUUAGCAGCUGUUUGAAAAAAGCACUUUAAAACUCAAUAGUCUACUUAAUCAAAAUUUGGUUGAAUACUUUUCGUUAUCAAUAAACUAAUGAAUAAUGAUACGAUAAUUAAUUUUAUUUUACAUUUGCAAGCAAUACAACGAGUAUUAUCGAUCCAAAAAAAUUUACUCGGUAUAUCAAAUGCUAGCUUUAUUUCUCAGGUGCAAUAUGAGUAUGCCUUUUUUGUAAAACGAUUAAGGCAUAUAUAUUUGGUAAAGAUGAAAAAGUUGGAGAGCCAAAGGAAAAGUAAUUUACAACCUUAACAAUUUCAGUCCUUUUAUAAACGAUUUAAUACUUUUGUUCAUCAUAACGGUUUACAUGAAUUCUAGUUAUCUCGAUGAUAAUUAUUAAAUGGCUGAGCAAGUUUUACUGGUAGCUUUAAAAUAUAUUCCAAGCCGAGUCUUUCGACUAGUAACAAUUGUUAGAGAAUAAAAAAUAAACUAGAGUUGUACAUACUUGUGAGGGUUGGCACAAAAUUUGAAUUUUCCCUUGGGUAUGUAUUACACACCGUGCGUGCUCUCACAGUUUUGAUAGAGUGCGUGUGUAUUUAAUCUGGUGAAUUCAUUAACACCAAAGUGCUGCAUUUAAGUUGGUUAACUUUCAAAUUUUUCACCAUUUGUCGUAAAUUUUAUAAUAAGUCUCUAAAAUAUUUUAAAAUAAAGUUAUGAAAAUUAUGAUACUGCUAAAUAAAUCAUUCUGUUUUAUAAAGCAUUUUUUAAGGAUGUUUAAAAAAAACACUUAUGUGACCGAUUGUCCAAUAUAACAAAAUGAUCUUGUUUUAGAAAAUAAAUGCCUAAUUUUUUAAAUAUGAAAAUUAUUGGCUGCUUAAAUUCUUUUGUAUGGAAAUCAAUUGCAUUAGAAAAAAAAAUGCAACAAACGCAAGGCUAAAUAAAAAAGAGUACUUCUUACAUGUUGCUAAAAUAUAGAACCUGUAUUGCUCGUGUAAUGGGUUUUUUCUUUUAUAUUUUAAACUGUAGUCAAAUUCAAUUGCGACUCUUGUCAAAAAAAAAAAAAAAAA